CCACCGCAUCCCGGCGCACGCUGGCCCCGGCCGCCGCUCCGACGCUUCCCCUGCGGCAGCCGCGCCUCACCAGUGGGCGCAGUGCCGCAGCACACGCCCGGGUGGCCGCUUGCUGCCGCGGGCUGCGGGCCGCGCUGCUGCCGCCGCCGCCGCCGCCGCUGCCGCCGCUGCUACCACCGACCCUGCACGGUUGCGGGCGCCGCGGCGCGCCCAGAGCUCCGCCACCCUGCGGCGCGCGGCAUGGGAUAACGCGGCCAUGGUGCGCCGAGAUCGACUCCGCAGGAUGAGGGAGUGGUGGGUCCAGGUGGGGCUGUUGGCGGUGCCCCUGCUGGCGGCGUACCUGCACAUCCCACCCCCCCAGCUCUCGCCCGCUCUGCACUCGUGGAAGACCAAUGGGAAGUUUUUUACCUACAAGGGUUUGCGCAUCUUCUACCAAGACUCCGUGGGUGUGGUUGGAAGUCCUGAGAUAGUUGUGCUUUUACAUGGCUUUCCAACAUCCAGCUACGAUUGGUACAAGAUUUGGGAAGGUCUGACCCUCAGGUUUCAUCGAGUGAUUGCACUUGAUUUCUUAGGAUUUGGCUUCAGUGACAAACCGAGACCACAUCACUAUUCCAUCUUUGAGCAGGCCAGCAUUGUGGAGGCACUUCUGCGGCAUCUGGGGCUCCAGAACCGCAGGAUCAACCUGUUGUCUCACGAUUAUGGAGAUAUUGUUGCCCAGGAGCUGCUGUAUAGGUAUAAGCAGAAUCGAUCUGGCCGGCUUACCAUAAAGAGUCUCUGUCUGUCCAAUGGAGGUAUCUUUCCUGAGACGCAUCGUCCUCUUCUUCUCCAAAAGCUACUCAAAGAUGGAGGCAUACUGUCACCCAUCCUUACUCGGCUGAUGAACUUCUUUGUGUUUUCUCGAGGUCUCACCCCUGUAUUUGGACCAUACACUCGACCCUCUGAGAGCGAGCUGUGGGACAUGUGGGCUGGAAUCCGCAACAAUGAUGGGAACCUGGUCAUCGACAGUCUCUUGCAGUACAUUAAUCAGAGGAAGAAGUUUAGAAGACGCUGGGUGGGAGCACUUGCCUCUGUAACGAUUCCCAUUCAUUUUAUCUAUGGGCCAUUGGAUCCUAUAAAUCCCUACCCAGAGUUUUUGGAGCUGUACAGGAAAACGCUGCCGCGGUCCACAGUGUCGAUUCUGGAUGACCACAUUAGCCACUACCCACAGCUAGAGGAUCCCAUGGGCUUCUUGAAUGCAUAUAUGGGCUUCAUCAACUCCUUCUGAGCUGGAAAGAGUAGCUUCCCUGUAUUACUUACCCCAACCCCUUACUUGUAUAUUCCACUUAGGAAGAAAUGCCCAAAAGAGGUCCUGGCAACCAAACACCAUUCUCUUAACAAAAGUCCACUUUACUUACACUGCUGAACAGAAUAUAGAAAAAGGCAGCAAAAGCUCCAAUUAAGGGUGACGUAGUAGUCCACCUCAGUCCUAUGACAUCUGAUCAAGUAUGUGGACUUGCCUUUGUGUUAUUAGGAAAUUCUGAUCUGCAUUACUUCUUACUGAUGCAGAAAGAUAGGCAUUAGACAUUAUUUUGCAUAAUGGACUUUUAAAUACUCCUGUGGAUUUUUCUGAAAUAUUUAGAUAUGGGAAUUUCUGUCCCAACCCCAAGUGAAAUCCCACAGUAAGGAAUAAGAAGGACUUGUUUACCUCUCCUAACAUUGCUUUAAGAGCACAUGUUUUUUUUUUCUUUUAAGUUCUCUAAGUAUCAUUGCUUAAAUGAGAGUGAGAAAGAAUCUGUUGUCCUAACUGUGGAUUUAGUUUUAUCAGCUAGUCUAAUUGUGGAUGUUUUGUUAAAAUAGAUACUAGCCUAAAUAAUGUAGUGCCAUAAGUAUGCUUUGAGACAGUGAUUUGUCUAUACAUGUGUGUGUUUUAUAGGAAUACUAAACCAGCGGACCCUUCCCCGGCCAGAGUAGUAAACCUUAUUAAGAAUGUGUAAUUUCUGAAUAAAUUGAACUAAAUCCAAAUUAUUUACAGAAUUUCCUAAAAGCAGAAGACAUUAAGGACCAAUUGCUUCUGUGCCAGAAAUUUACUGUUAUUAGCUGGAAAGCCAAUCAUAACGUGACUCCUCAUACCUCAGUGCACAGAAGCAUGUCCCUCCAGAGUGUGAGGGGAGGGGACUGUGGUUACAGAGCAGGUUACCGUGCUGAAUGCACACAGACUCCUCUCGUGAUGAUGCUUAGCUCCCCAUUGCCUGUCCCAGAAAGGCUUCCUCACAGAGCUCGGCAACGCCCUCACCUUACAGACAGGAAAGUUCCCAGACAGUUUCACAACAAAUAGCAUAUGGUGCUGAAUACUCUUUUGUAAGCCACAGUUUCAUUGUCUUAGUAGAAACAGAAUUAAGCGAUUAAAUUCUUUUUUUUUUUUUUUUAGUUUUAGAAUUAGGAACUUCAAGUAUAACAACUUUGAAACUGGAAUAAGUGUUUAUUUUCUAUUAAUAAAAAUGAAUUAUGACAAAGUGGA